GAAGUGAGCGCAGAGAUUUCCACCAGCUAGAGAAAUCGGAUUAAAAAGAAAUAGGAAAAGCAAUCCAAGCAGCCGCUGGAGCCCGGCAGUUUAGAAGACACCCCCACCCGCACUAGGAGGACGACUGUGACACGCGCCCGCGAAGACAAGGCGCUCCUGGGCGGCCGUGGGUCUGCACGGAGGAGCCGCCUCCCCCGCGUGGGGCAUGCGUUCAGUCGCCAACGGCGGCGGCCAGACACCGAGAUGCAGCGCGCAGCCCCUGGACCGUCCCGGCCGGGGAAACUCCGGGGCGGUGCUGCGCGCCGCUGACCCAGCGCGGGUGUGACGGGUGUGCCCGGGCCCCGCCCGCCUCCGCCCCCUCCCGCGUCCGCCGCGCGUCCCUCCCCGCGGCGGCGGCGGCGCUUCCAGGGGCGGCGCGGAGCGGCUCGCCCAGCCGCCAGUGCCUGCGAGCUCCAGGCUGCUCGGGGAAUUCACUUUGCCGCUUUUACGCUUCAUCCCUCUGCAGGCUUCUUCUGAUGGCGAUCGGUCUCCGGCCCUAGCCUUUCUUUUAAAAGGAAAACUUUACCGCCGUUUCUCUUACCCCCUUGGAGGAGAGGAUUAAAAGUUCCAACACAACUGGUGCCGCCCGGGCGCCGGGACGGUGUUUGCCUGCGGGGUUCCGGUCCCACCAUGUGCACCAACAUAGUUUACGAGUGGUUGAGAGCGCUGCAGCUCCCGCAGUACGCGGAGUCCUUCGUGGAUAACGGCUACGAUGACCUGGAGGUGUGCAAGCAGAUCGGGGACCCGGACCUGGACGCCAUCGGGGUGCUGGCGCCCGCGCACCGCCGCCGCGUCCUGGAGGCCGUGCGCCGGCUGCGGGAGCAGGACGCCGCCGCUGCCGGCCUCUACUUCACGCUGGAGCCACAGCCGCCACCCGCGCCUCCCGGGCCGCCCGCGGUCGCCCUCUCCACCGGCCGCCGGGGGGAGCCGUCCGGCGGCCCGGCCCAGGGCAUCCGCGGAGACCCCCGUAGCCUGAUGACCGCCCCCCGCAGCAGGGAGCUGGUGAGCUACCCCAGGCUGAAGCUGAAGAUCAUGAUUAGGGAUAAGCUCGUUCGCGACGGCAUCCACCUGAGCAAGCCCCCGUACUCCUGCAAGGUCCCAAUGGCUGGCAUCCUAGAGUACUUAAUGAAUUGGCCGAAGUCAUCACAGAACCGCUAGAUAUCAUUUUUGAGAACUCGUGGAGGACUGAUGAGGUGCCUGAAGACUGGAAAAGGGCAUAUUUAGAACCUUCUUUCAAAAAGGGAAAUGGAUGAUGACCCUGGAAAUACUCAUCAGCUUAACUUUUUGCUUGGAAAAACUCUGGAGUAAUCACCUUAGUAAACUGGGUAAUUAACUUAUAAGAGCUAGCAACGAGGCAGUGAAACAUCACACAUAAAAAAGUACUGAGUUCAUUUUUAAGUCACUCCAUUGUGAGAUAAAGUUUGAUGCAUAUUUUGAAAUUCUCCCCUCCAUCCUAUGAGUUCUUGAUGAAAAUAAAUGAGGUUGGCUAGGGCCUUUGGGUAAAACUCAUUUUAAGUGUAAUACCAGACAAAAAGCAGAUUUCUGGCAUUAGCAGUGAUUGCAUCAUUUUCAAAUUAGCCUUUUACUUGAGAAUAGUAACUUUAAGUUUUUUUAUUUCAACAUCCUUUUUUUCUCUUUAUAUAGGACCAUGUUUUCAUAGGUAGACAUAUUUUACAUAAUUCUGUAUAGACUAGUUUGGUGAGGGAAUUCUUAUUUUAAGGUGCUUUAUAUAGUUAUUUCAUAUAUAGGUACAAUUAUAAAGCUGACAAAUUAGGGAACAUAACCAAGAGAAGAAAAUUUUUCUUAACUUUUCUUUUUAAAUUUAAUCUGGCUGAAGUUUAGCAUUUGGACCAGCAAGAGCGACUUGCUCUGCCAUGCACUGAGCAAGACCCAGCUCUAUACUUGGUAGCUAGCUUUCUUCCCUCCUUGGACACUGCGGUGGCCAGUGCGGUGCCUGAUCCCACCUCACUCCCCAGGUUUCUGACCUUGGACCUAUGGGGGCAAGGAUGUGGUCUGUGGCAGUGGGCACUGAGAACCCUGUAUAACUAACCACAGCUUAAAAGAAAAGUGGCAUGAGAUGGGAGAAGGAAAUUAAGACAACGCUGGAGUUUUUCUACUUCCUAUUGGUCUUCCCUUUGGAUAUUGGCAGUUGUAUUUUCUGCAUAGAAAAUGCAUCCAUGUUGAUAGGACCAAAAAUUUCAUUGAAAGGAGAUUAUCAAAGAAGAUAUGCCCCAAGCUCUUGGGUCAGGCAGCUCCUGAGAAUAGCUGGGCAAUAUCGUACUGCCGAGUCUCCCUGCCCUACUUAAAAGUACAUAAGAGAUGUGAGUUUACAUCGCUUUGUGAUGCUCAAGCGUUAGAAACUGUCUAAGGGAAAGAAAUUUACAUUAAUUUCUUCCUGGUGUAUACUGGUCCCUAGAAAUGGGUAGGUAGUUAGUUAAGGUCUCCAGGGGCGAUUUUAUCACAAUACUGUUUUAAAAAUCUAAGGUUUACAUGGUUUAGCUACUUCUAGAGAUUAAUGUAGACACUGGGUAAAAUCAACCUGACUCUUAAAUACAAAUGCAAGGAAAUUAAGCUCUCAAAGCAUGUACAAGUUGUUCUUUAAACUAGGAUAGCUGGUGGUUUCUUAAGGAUUAUACUCCAAUCAACCCCUCUUCUUCUUGUGUUUUUUUUUUUUGCAGGUGAAAUAGAGUCUUUAAAAUUUUCAUGCUAGAUUUUUUUUUAAGGAGUGCAUGGGGGCAGGUCUGUGUAGAUUACAGACAUAAUUUAUUAUGAUAAUAAAUGGCUUCCUGUUAGAGACCUCAUUUCCAGGUGCAGCAUCUGUGGCAGAUUUAUUUCACAGAUGUACAUUUACAUGCAUUUGUUGAACUGUUGCUAGAAAGGACCCAAUUACUGAAAAAUCUAUUAUUUUCACCAUGGGCAUUAUGAUGCAAUCUACUACAACCAAGAAGGGGACUCUUUGGUCAUUUCAGGUUUUAUUUUCCAUUUGUGUAAUGUCCGACUUCAAUUAUCUUGCCAAAUUUAAAUCUUCUCUAUGUAUCUGCUAUUGGAAUUCGAAACUAACAAUCCUCUACCUAAAUUAGAAGUCACAAUCUAGAAUGGUGAAAUAGCUGAUGGAUUUUAAAGAGUUCUUACUUAAAACUAGAGGAAGAAAACUUUAAAAUAAGCAGAGAAGUAUUAAAGGAAGCCCAUUAAUUCCUUUGCAUUAAAACAAGAUAAGGUAAGAGUUGGAAUAUAAGAAAAAUAAAGUAGUCUUACCAUGAAUUGUAUCUGAAGAUAAUUACUCUUAAGAAGAGUAGUUUGGUCACUGUGUUUUGUUUGUUUGUUUGUUUUAUCUAACAUUCAUGAUAUCCUUAAUUUUUUUUUAAAGUAAAGGAAGUAGCUGAGGAAUAAAUACCAUUUCAAAACUAGAGGAUUAUCUAGGUUUAUAUUUUCCAGAACCUCAAGAGAUAUUAAUUACAGACUUCUAUUUUGUAAUAUUGAGGAAUUUGGAGGAUUGUAGCAAAAUUUUGUUCAGUUCAUUUUAAAACAAAAUUUGGAGGGAGGGGGUGGUUGAGAAAAGAAAGAUGUCAUUCACAGUAUUUCUUGGCAUAGAAAUGAAUAAUCACAAAGGACGUUACAGCAACAUAGAAUACGUGUUUUAGUGUUGUGAAAUCAACAACAAACACAAUAAGCAUUGAGUUUUUACUUUGGAGGUCCUCAGAUCUUAGUUCAAAUGCUAGAGUCAUGUUGAUAGACUUUUCCUGUGGUGAAUCUGUUAAGAAUAUAAGCUAUAGUGUAGCAUGGGAAUGAUCUUUAACAAUUAUUAAAUUCAUCAAAGCUUUUAUCCUUGUCCAUAAGAUGGGAAAAAUAGAUACCUCCUAUAGUUCUUAAGAGGCUUAAGAGUUCUGUAACCUAUACCCACACAGGCCCAGAGCUUGGCACAUAGUAGGUGAUGAGUGCCUCUCUCCCUUCCCUUCUUUACUGUCAGUUACCUUCUUUAUUUCCUGUCAUAUGAAAGAGAUUAUUUUAAAACGGACGAGAAAACGCAAGCAUAAACUGGUAUGUUCUUAUUGCUGCCUGAAACCCAAUGAAUAAGCCCCUUUUGCUUUCUUUUAGAAAAGAUUAAAAAAAAGUUGCAGUGGCCACUCACGGUAGGAGUUCAGGAAAUGUUUAUUGAUUGAAUGAAAACGAUUUUUAAAAAUAAUUAGCAAAUUUGUAAGGCGAACACUUUUCAAAUAGUCAUGCAGACACAUAUGUAGGUGUUUCUCUAACAUUGCUCAUUUUAUAAUAGCUUUAGUUUCAUCAAUUUGGUGUGCAAAUUCACGAGUGGCAUAUGGGCAUUUUUCUCUGAUUUUAUGACUUGGUUUACAAAUUAGGAGUACAAAGGGGCAUUCCACCAUAGCUGCUUCUGGGGUAAAAUCCAGCCAAAAUACAAAGCAGAUGAUGGUGAAUCAGCAAUGUCUUCUAUGUGAAGAGAAGCCAGAGGGACCAGUGACUGGGAACCAACUACCAGGAAACUGUGAUGGUUCUCUGUGAAGGGUCUGAGUACUGCGAACAGGCCCCUUGCCUGUCCCUUGAGGAAUAACAGAAAGAGAAGUCAAAGAAAAUUAAAUUCUUGGACAAAAUAUUUGGUUUAUAUAACUUUUAAAUGUAAUAUUAAGUGUCAAAAUAUCAUGUUCAAGCAGGUGGAAGAGUUCUGAAUUUCCUUAAAUAAGGAAUAAAGAAUAGAAUAGAAUAUCCAAACACAUAUACAAGGAUUAGCAGAAGCCUGACCUUAAGUUGCUAGUGUUCCUUUCACAUCAAGGACCAAGUAAUAAGGAACCCUUAGAAGAGACCAGCUGACAACCCUGCUUAGAAUAAAGCCGUAAUAGAUGCUGUAUUAAAUUAAACAAAAUAAGUUGUACAGAGCAAAGCAAAUCAUCUAGGCUUUUUUUCUCUUUUAGAAUUUUCUAAUUUUGCUGUUACAGCAGCCUCAAUGGUCAUCAAUUAGAUCUUCCUACAUCAGAUGUUUUACACUGUCUAAUUCUUUGAUUAGAAAAUCCUCUUUGGCUUUAUAUUAUUAAUCUCUAAGGAGAUAAGAUCAAAUAACUUUCUAUUUGAGAUCACUAUUUUAGAUAUUUUCAUAAAAGGCAAAAGAAAAAAAAAGAAUGGUAGUUCAGAAAAAUGAACAACAUAACUUUUUUUUUACUUAUCAAAAUAGUUAUGUUCUUUUCAAUUGUUUAAAUUCCUGGAAAUGAAGCUUUAUUUUUUAUUGUUGUUAAAAGAUAACUUUUUAUAACAUUGUCUCCCCCCACACCCGUUCUUGACUGACUUAAAAAAAAAAAAAA